AUGGCGCUGCGCAGCGUGCGAGCGCCGUGGAGUCGUUGGGCGCGCUGCUUCCUUGGGCGGCCCAUCCCUGCCGCGCCGGCGCGGCUCUUCUCCAGCGAUGUGCAGCUCGGGUCCUGGGUGGACCCCUUAGCUUACCAAGGCCAGUUCACCUCUUGGGUGGAUCCGCUUGACCUGGACGUCUCCCCACACAUCUCGGAGAAGGAGGUCUACCACGCCCAGCGCGCCUACGCGAAGGCCGUCAUGAGGAUCUCCAACUCCUACCAUGCGGGCGGGAACUACCUGAAGCUGGCCCACACAGCAGUAGACAGGCUCUACUCUGAUGACAAGGUGAAAGUUCUGUUCAAGGCCAAUGAGGUACAUUCGCAGUUCCGACCGCCGCCGGCCCAAGCCAUGGCCUUCAUCGCCGGCGCCAAGGUGGACAACGCAGGCAAAGAGGAAGCUUCCAGCUUCGCAAUCAUUGGGAGCAAGGGCUGGUCGGACGUGGGCUUUGACAACCACCAGAUUGAGAUCACUGAUAACAUUGCCAUUGCUUCGGGCACUUGCUACCUCACCAGCGCGGAAACGAGUGGCAUCACUGAAGCUGAGUUUACCUUCGGCUACAAGAAGGAUGAGGUGGGCAAGGUUGGCAUCUUCUUCCAGAACUCGUCAGUACCCCUGGUAGUCCUGGAUUCUUUCGAUGCAAAACCUCUAGUGUCCGAGGUGGCAGUGCAGAAUGCGCAGGCAGCUUGGGCUAAGGCCAUCAAAGACAUCUCCAAGAAGUAUCUUGAUGGGGGGGACUACGUGGCAGAAGCUGCCGCAGCCGCAGGCGAACUCUAUGGCUAUGGUCACUCAGAGGUUCUCUUCAAGCCAACCAAGGCGGCCGAAGCCCAGUUUCGCCCAAAUGCCUCCGAUGCGCUGUCGUACUUCGUUGGGCAUCAGGCAGUUGAGGGUGGACAUUCUGAGGACUCAGGUUUUGCCAUCAAUGGCGGCAAGGGCUGGUCAGAUGUGGUGUUCGAGAACCACAAGACAAAUCGAACCGGCAACGUUGCCAUUGCCAUGGGCAACUAUUACUUCACCUGCGCCGAAACCGGCAACCAGACCAAGGUUGAGUACACCUUUGGCUACAAACUGGGAACAGACGGCAAGCUUCGCAUCUUUCUCCACCACUCUUCAGUGCCGUAUGACCCUGAAACCUCCUUCAUGAUAUCCGAGGAGGAAGUGAACGAUGCGCAAGCAGCUUGGGCCAGCGCUAUCAAAGACAUCUCCAAGACAUAUCUUGCUGGCGGAGACUAUGUUGCAGCAGCCGCUGAAGCCGCAGGUGAACUUUAUGGCUAUGGGCACUCGCAAGUUCUUUUCAAGCCAACCAAGGCGGCCGAAGCCCAGUUUCGGCCAAACGCCUCCGAUGCCUUGUCGUACUUCGUUGGGCAUCAGGCAGUCGAGGGUGGACAUUCUGAGGACUCGGGCUUUGCCAUCAACGGCGGCAAGGGCUGGUCAGAUGUCGUGUUCGAGAACCAUCAGACGAAGCUCACUGGCCCAAUUGCAAUUUCCAUGGGCAACUACCACUUCACUUGUGCCGAGACUGGGAGCAAAACCAAGGUUGAGUACACCUUCGGCUACAAGAAGAACUUGGAUGGAAAGCUUCGCAUCUUUCUCCACCACUCUUCCGUGCCGUUUGACACGGGCAGCCCUACGGUGGUUGCUGAUUUCAUCUCUGAGAAGGAGGUCGAAGCCGCGCAAGCAGCCUGGGCCAAGGCCAUCAAACACAUCUCCAAAACAUAUCUUGAUGGGGGGGACUACGUAGCCGAAGCUGCGGCUGCCGCAGGCGAACUCUAUGGCUACGGUCACUCAGAGGUUCUCUUCAAGCCGACCAAGGCGGCUGAAGCCCAGUUUCGCCCAAACGCCUCCGACGCCAUGUCCUACUUUGUUGGGCACGAUGCAGUGGAGGGUGGACAUGCUGAGGACUCGGGUUUUGCCAUCAAUGGCGGCAAGGGCUGGUCAGAAGUCAAGUUUGAGAACCACCAGACAAAGCUCACCGGCGACCUUGCCAUUGCCAUGGGCAACUACUACUUUACAUGUGCUGAGACUGGAAACGAGACCAAAGUUGAGUACACCUUCGGCUACAAGAAGUCUGAGGAUAGCAAGCUUCGCAUCUUUCUCCACCACUCUUCCGUUCCAUUCAGCUCUUGA